CUGUGCUGACGAGCCGUUGCUUGUGGAAACAGCUGGUGGUUUCUGUCAGCGAACACCUCGGAUUGAUAGCAGCUUUGCCAGGAAUAAAAGUUCAAAUUAGACCCGAAACUGACUGAAUGCGCUUUCACUUGAGUCUCCGCUGCUGUUCCACCAGAAGCCGGGACAUGUCAUCCUGUGAACGCCACUUUAUCAGGCAGUUGUUAAUUACCGACCUAGCUUGUUAGCGGCAGACCACUGACGCUCGACGCAGCCGGCUGCUAACGCCUGCUAGCUAACUUUGUACUACCAUAGCAACUACAACGACACAGGUUUUUUGUCACCGUAGGAAAACGGUCAACUGUCGGGUCCCUGACAGUUUAGUUUUGCUCAGUUUCAGCAUGACUCAUGUUCAUUAUAAAUUCUCCUCUAAACUCAGCUACGACACCGUGGUUUUUGACGGCCCGCACAUCACGCUGACGGAUCUGAAGAGGCAGAUCAUGGGCAGGGAGAAGCUGAGAGCCGGGGACUGCGACCUGCAAAUCACGAACGCACAGACAAAGCAAGAGUACACAGACAAUGAAGGUCUCAUCCCCAAAGGGUCCUCUGUCAUCGUCCGGAGAAUCCCCAUCAGCGGAGGCAAGUCCAGCUCAAGUGGCAAGAACCAAAACAUUGAGCGUUCAGAUGUCCAUCUUCACCACGCCUUUGCAGCCGUCAAAGCAAUGAAUGACCAGGCUUCUUCCAGUGCUUUGCCCUUUUUCUCCAAGAUGGCUAACCUGGCUGAUGCAGAUGUGUCAGAGGAGGAUAAGAUCAAAGUUAUGCUAAACCAGUCCACAUAUGAUACCAUGAAUUACAACAAAAAGUUUGGUAAUGUUCUUCCUGCAAACUACACUUGUUAUCGCUGUGGAAAUACUGGACACCACAUCAGGAACUGUCCCACCAGCGGGCAGGAUAAAAAUUUUGAGGCCCCACUGAGAAUAAAGAAGAGCACAGGCAUCCCUCGUUCCUUCAUGGUUGAGGUGGAUGAUCCCAACAUAAAAGGAGCCAUGCUAACCAACUGUGGACGUUAUGCCAUUCCUGCCAUAGAUGCGGAGGCGUAUGCCAUUGGGAAGAAGGAGAAGCCUCCAUUUGUUCCACAGGAAAAACCCAAGUCAAUAGAAGCCGAGGAGGAUCCUGUACCUGAUGAACUCCUCUGUCUGAUCUGUCAUGACCUGCUGAGUGAUGCUGUGGUCAUACCCUGCUGUGGAAACAGCUACUGUGAUGACUGUAUCCGUACCACGCUGCUGGAUUCAGAGGACCAUGUCUGCCCCACUUGUAGCCAAUCAAAUGUCUCCCCUGAUACCCUGAUAGCCAAUAAAUUUCUCAGACAGGCUGUGAACAAUUUCAAGAAAGAGCGAGGCUACACCAAAAGUCUGACAACGAGUUUUGGUACCUCCCAGUCCCAAAAUCCAACCCCGACACCCAGCCCUGUCCCCACCCCGCCCCCUCUUACCGUGCAGAGCCAGUCUCAGAAGCCUCCCCAGUCAACACACUGCCAGCAGGACUCUCUCCUGCACCACCCACAGGCUGCAGACACACUGCCACUGUCUGGAAAUCCUCCUGCGACAACAGGCCCCGCCUCUUCUUGCAACACACCUAGCACUUCCCUUCAGACUGAGCAAAGCUCCCUGGAGAUACCUGACAAGGAGGCUGAAGGAGACUUGGCUGCUGCUGCUGCUGCUACCCCUUCUGUACUGGUUUCAAACAAAGAGUCCACUGCUGCUCCAUCACAGCUGAUACCACUGGUUAACCACACAACAUUGGCAGAGCAGCCCCAGACAGUCGGAGUGAAUGAACAGCAGGCCUCCUCAGGUCCAGCACCAGGACACUCGGGGCCAUCAACCUGCUGGGGCAGCUCCUCUUCCUCCUCAGGUUGUCCCAAUGGAGGCUGGACUGAAUCCCAGCGGCUUACUUCCUCCUCCUCCUCCUCGUCAUCAUAUUCGGCUACUACGCCAUCUCUCUUUCCCUCCCCCCUUUUCCACACAUACCUCUCGGCUCACCAGUCCCACAGCAGUUACCCUCCUGGAUACCCACCUACCACACCCAUCUGGACACUCCCGUGUCCCCAGGGUGCCCCCAUCCCUUCCCUCUGCUCCUCUAUCUCCACCUCCUCCAUCCCUGCCCUCAUCCCCAAGGAGUGGUACAAACACCAGAGAAAGAAUAAGGAAAGGUCCCCUCACAGAGGAUCCAGCUACAGACGCUCCUCGUCUCGCUCUAAUUCAAAGUCUUCUAAAUCCAAGUCCUCUCGCUCCUACUCUCGCUCUUCAAGCAGGUCUGGAUCCCGUUCACGAUCCAGAUCCCAAGGCAGAUCAAGGCCCCGCUCUCCUUACUCUCGCCACAGAGAUCUCCACACCCGCUCUCAUCCCUCCCACUCAUAUAGCUAUGGCUACAAACGCCCCCGCUCCCCUACACCCUCCUCAUCAUCGUCACCUCAAGUUGGCUACCAUUCUAAGUCCAAGUCACCGUCAGAUCACCGGAAAAACCGCCACCAUAGCCGCCAUCACACCAAGAAGUCUCCUUCGAGCAGCUACAGCUCCAGGAGGCGAGGAGAACACUCAGGAAAUGAAGAGGGAGGCUCUGGGGCGAGUUUAGCCAGUUCCCUUCAUGCUCACCAUGCGAAUCAAACAAACAGUCUGGAGCUGGAAAGAGAGCGCUACCUGCAGUGGAAGAAGGAGUACAAAGAGUGGUGUGACAAAUAUUUCAGCAGCUAUGUCGGCCACUUCCACCAGCUGCCUCCUCCUUUCAUCAAUCUUCCUCCUCCUCCUCAGUGGGAAGGAAGCAAAAAUCACUCACAUCCCAACUCGGACUCUCAUUACGGACACACUGCCCGGACUGACGGCCACUCCCCUCUAUCGCAGUCGUCCAGUGACAGCCGCUCGCCUUCAUCACAGUCUUCAAGUGACAGCCGCUCCACACCAUCUCAGUCGUCUAGUGUCAGUCGCUCGUCUCCAUCUCAUACGUCCAACGACAGCCGCUCCCCUCCCUCUCAAUCGUCCAGCGAUGGUCGCUGCACACCAUCCGAAGAAGGAGCUCAGCCAAGGGCGUAUCAACAACAGAAAGACAGCCACCUGCCUAUCACGCUCGCAAAGGGCAGUAAGGAGGGGGAACUGCAAGAAAGAAAUAAAGAAGACAAGCAGGUAAUCGUUAAAAAUUUGGAGGACCUCAGCACCCUGAAACAUCAACAAAGGAGGAUGAAGAAACAUGAGGAAGGAAGGGGAGAGGAGUCGUCAUCCUGUGAUGCUACAGACUCAACAGAUGACAGCAGAAAGAACGAGAGGGGGCACGACACUGGACCUCAUGCCUGCAAGGAUGGCACCUUUGUACAGGACAAAGCAGCUGCCAGAGAUACCUUAAAAUCAUUCCAACCUUCUCUGAAACCAGAUAAGUCUUUAGAUAAAGACUGUGAAAGAAAAAGCAGAGAACAAAGGAAUGUGGAAACAGAGAAAGGAUGGAGAAGAGGCAAAGACUCCAGGCAAGAUGUGGAGAGACAGCACAAAGUAAAGCCCAGUAAAGAGGCAGACAGGGUGGAUUCAGAAAGAUACAACAACCUCGGAGGCAGCAAAGCCUCUGACUCAAGAUCAGAGAAGAAUAGAAAAAGAAAAGGAGAGAACCUGGAGAGAAAUGAAACCCGCAAGAAUGAAUCCCCCAAUCCUUUUGACAGUAAGAAGCAAAAGACAGAGAAGAAAAAAGAGAAGAAAACAUGGCCUCCGACAGAGAAGCCCCCCCUCUGGGAAGGAGGAAUAACAGUGAAACCACAGAAGAAAAUAAGUAUCAACAUCAACCUGGAUGGGAGAAGGAUGGAGGAGAAAACUGAAAUUCAGGGGAGUAUCGUAGGAAAAUCAAAGGACGAAAUUGAGAAGACUGGUGAAGGAGAAGAGGAGAAAUUAAACAGAGACACUGAAGAUGAAGUUAAUGAAAAGAAGGAAUCUAUCAGAGAAAAUGAGAGUGUGUUUGAAGAAAAAAUAAUGCCAGAUGAAGGAGAAGCAAGACAGUUUUGCGAGAAAACCACCCUCAUAGAUGACAAGAGAGAGAUGUGGAAGAAAUUUACAGGAGGGAUAGAAGAUAGAGAAAAGAAAGAGGAAAGAAAAGAGGAGGACUUUUACUUAUGGCAUUAUGCCUUUAGAGGAGAAAAGGAGGAGAAGGGGAGUAAAAAGCAGUGGGGAGAAGAUGGGAUGAAGGCCAGCAAAGGAGACGCUACUGGGAAAGAGGAAGAAGAAGAGAGAAUGAGGAAAGAAAGUCGAGGCCAAGAGAUGAGAGAGUUGGUCCGGGCAGAGGGAGAAAGCACAAGCGAGGAAAACAAAGGAAACCCGCCAGGGGACUCAAAACCAAAGGAGGCCGCGAUGGAGGGAGUGACAAUGAGGACAAGGACAGAAGAAGAGGACAUGCUGAGGUUCAUGUCACAGAGGAGCAGCGCUGAGAGCAGCCGUGACAGACCAAACUCCAACAUGGACGGUGGCAGCAGCUGCGAGGAUUGUCAGGAGAGGAGGGCGGCGGUUAAGACUGUGGAGGAGUUCACUCAGGAGAGAGCCGCAGACAGGGAGGAUCCGCUCGUGCUCGUACAGACACACUUUACCUGUCUGUCUCAGGUCCCUCACUCCAAAUGGAAGAUGGACGAGCCUGAGGAGGAAGAGCAGAACGAAGGAGAGAUCACGGCUGAAGACCCUCUUCCUGUGGUUCUGCCUCCACCAUUAGUGACAACAACCAAGAGGGAGAGAGAGGGAGAGGGAGAGAAUGAACUAAAGAGACAGAGGUCAGUGGACAGAGACGGGGACAGGGACAGAGCGAUGCAGAGAGGAGGGGACAGGGAGAAACAGAAAAACUUGACUCUGUUCAUUUUAGACGAUAGUGUGGCUCCCUCUAGUGGCAAAGACAGAACUGACAGCACUUUGUGUACAGAGAGAAAGAUGGAGACCGAAAGGUGGAGGGACAGAACAAGAGGGAGGGAGAGUGAGAGGCCGAGGGAUAAACAGAGAGAGAGCAGAAGAUCAAACGAAAGGUCAAAAGAGGAAGAAAAAGGGAGAGAUAGAGGGAGAGAGAGGGAGCACAGCAGCUUGGCCUCUGUCCAAAAGAGGAAUUCACCUUCCACCGGUCACGUCUCCUCUUAUUCGACGUACCAGGACAUAGAGAGGAGAGACCGGCAGCGAGGAGGAGAACAGGACCGUGAGAAACGUUCCAGUUUACGUCCUGACAGGAAACACUCUGGCAGGGAGAGAAGCUCAAUGAGCAGAGCUGCCGUACUGCCUGAUAAACACGCACACAAAACACAUGGAGACACAUUACUGGACUCAAAAUGUAAAGACAAAAACCAUCCCCACGACUACCGUAAUUACAGAGAUCCAUCAGGGAGCCACAGACACCAAGGCCGACCUGCAGGGACCCACCACUCCUCACCGUCCCACUCCCACAGCCAAGGUAGGGAAAGAGAGCUGCCCCCAUCCGAAUCCUCCAGCCCUAAGACCAGUAAGUCCAGAAUGAGCAGCCCUGGUCAGGAGUUCAUGCAGAGCAGAAGUAGAAAUGAGAGGAAGGAAGAGAAGCAGGAGUGGAAGAGAAAUAAGGUGAAUAAAUUGAUUGAAGAAAGCAAAGGGGAGAGAGAGACUAGAGAGAUGGAGGCUGAGAGAGUAGGAGUUAGUCAGUGGCAAGAUGAGGCUGAUAAAUUGUCCGGAGAGACCAAGUGGCAGGGGGGGAAAGAGCUUGAGGAGGGAGAGAGGCCCAGCAGUGGCAGCCGCAGCCGAAGCAGCAGCAGUGUCAGCUCAUCAGCAAGCCAGGACAAAAGCAGGGACGACAAGAGGAAUGAGCGGAAGAAGAAACAAAAGCACCACAAAAAGGAGAAGAGCCAAGCCACCCCAGAGCUGCUGGAGGAAUGGGAGCUGAAGAAACACAAACACAAGAAGAAGACAAAGAAAAACAAAGAUGGGAGGGAGGAGGAGAGCGGAGGAGAGGUGGACGACAGGUGGAAAGAGGAGGAAGACCACGCUAAGCUCUGCUCAGUUAUGUUAUCUUGAUUGUCCUGGAAAAAAGUGAAAUUUACUGGAAUGAUGUUUUUCCUUUCUCUGUCCAAAAAGUGCCUGGAUUUAUUUUUUUGACUUGUUUUGUUUUUUUCCAGGAUACUUUUUGUAUCGAUUUAAGAUCUCUAAGAAAGUGAACAAUUUUUGAGGGAAAAGCACUUUAUAAUAUAUAUAUACACAUAUAUAUAAAGAAAAUGAAUGUGAAUGAAAGCAAAAGUCGAACCUUCUUGAAUUAUCUUAAGUCCGAGGAAUUUGCACAUGCUCUCAACUUGCUCAGGACUGCCAGCAACCACGGUUCAUAUUUACUGAACCUGCAAUGUUACAGCUUGCAUGAGGAAAGUCUCACAUUUUGACAAGAGGUCAGUCAGUACUUUGAUUUGCCUCACACAGGAGUGCACAUAGAGGAUUAUUGAAAGAGUUUGCGAUUAAUUUAAAGGCGAUACUGUAAAUACUAUAUGAUUUGAACCUCUGUGUUAUAUUUAGUUUUUUCUUUUUAAUUUUGUAAUUGUUUAAUUUAAAACCAACUGCUGGAUGGAUGAAUGAAUGAAACCAGAGGAAAGUUGAGUUUUUCCUGUUUUGAAGGAAAUAAACACAGACAUCCAUAAAAUGUUGUGGGUUUUUUUCUGUCUAGAUGACUUUGCUUAUGUUCAUUAUAAAUAGGUCAAAAAUGUUAUUGUAUUUCAUGUCUGGCCAGUAGAGAGACUCAAUCAUGACAGUGGACAGUCCAAGUGGAAGAAGAAACUCUUGGGACUGAAUUUACUUUCUUUUUGUCUCUGGCAUUUGUUUUUGUCUGCCAGCUAGCUAUCCAUACAUUGGAAUUAUUAUGCUUUUCAAAAAAAUGUAAUGAUGUGAUUUUAUUAUGCAACAAAAGUGGAUGUUGAACUUAUGGAUGUUGAAGCAGCCACAGUAGCGGUGAGGCUCUAAUCACAUACUAAACGAAGACGUGGAAACAUUUCAGCUGCUUAUUGUCAUCGAUGUUUUGAAGAGAACCAAUUAUGAUAACAAAAAUAAAGACUACUAUACCUGCUCCCUCA